AUGUCCUACUAUAAAAAGUGUCCAAGUUCUUUUCACGGAAAAAUUGAAGAAAUCCCAGGAAUAUCAGUAGAUAAUUUUACUGGAGAGAAUGCCAAAUCAAGAGCUUACUUCAUAAGCCAUUUUCAUGCUGACCAUAUUCAAGGUAUUGAUGAUACCAGAUUACUAGAACAUUUGAAGAAAACAAAUGUGUUUAUUUAUACAUCAAAAACCACGUUAACCAUUAUGAGGCACAGAGUUACGAAUAAUGAACUUCUUCAAUAUGUACAAGAAUUAAGUGAAGGAUCCAAUCCGAUAACACUUCCAACUGUUCCGGAAGACCAUUUGGAGGAAAUGUCUUUAGAUGUGAUACUGAUUCCUACAGAGCAUUGCUUGGGAUCCUGCAUGUUUCUCUUCAAGACCACAAAUAAAACUAUUUUAUACACAGGAGAUUUCCGUAUAAGCAUUAAUGAUAUCGAGAAAUAA